UUCUAUCGGUAGUCAAACAUAAAACAUUUGUUCAUUGGUGAUAAAAACGCUUUACUUUUAUUAUAGAAAUAAAUAAUUAUUCAGUACAUUCACAAGAUCUUUUCGUCUUCAGUCGGCUCGAAUCGGUUUAAUUCGGCCACCGGUCGAUUGCAUUCGGUUAACUGUCAAAAAAUGAACCAAUGCUCGAUCUGACUGAAUACAAGAAAAAAAAAUAUUAGUCUCGGUAUUGUAUUGACGGGAGAAGUACGUUUGUUAUUUCGGCUAAAAUUUGUUCCGAUACAAAUACGUCAUUGGUUAAAAUAUUACACUAAGUAAAAGCAAUAUUUUAUCACUUAGAGGAUGUUGUAAGAUGAGUGUAAAUAGUGUAAUUAAAUUUGAACGUACAGCUUAAGUUGUGUCCGAAGUGAAAAUGAAUGGUAAAUUGCACAGUGAAACCGGUGCUUUCUCAUCUGACGGCAUGCGCGCCGAAAUAUUGAACCCUUUCGUGCAUAAAUUGGAACUAGAUAAUACAUACGACAAAAUAAAGACGGCGAUAUUCACAGUGAUACUGCUGCCUUUUAGAGUAAUAGUAAUAUGUUAUCUGAUAGUCAACGCCUGGAUCCUUGCAUAUAUCGGCCUUUAUGGCCUCAGUGAGGAAGACUUGAGAAGAAAACCUAUGACCGGAUGGAGAAGCAAACUCCGCUUCUCCAUCCUGUCGCUAAUGCGUCUCGUGGUGGUUGCUGCUGGUUUCCACCGCGUCAGGGUGCUAGGCAAGCGCCAUCUGCCGGCCAACUCGCGGGACGCGCCCGUGGUGGUCAUGGCGCCCCACUCCAGCUUCUUCGACGCCAUCGCCAUAGUCUGUCUCGGGGCACCGAGUGUGGUAGCCAAAGCGGACACCGCGAGGCUCCCAUUCAUUGGACAACUUAUAAAUUAUACACAACCGGUGUACGUGUGGAGAGAUGAUCCAAAUUCCCGGCAGAAUACCAUCAAGGAGAUAAUCGAGAGGGCUACCUCUAAAGAAGACUGGCCUCAGGUGCUUAUAUUCCCCGAGGGUACGUGCACAAAUCGCUCCUGCCUGAUCACGUUCAAGCCUGGAGGGUUCUACCCUGGAGUGCCGGUUCAGCCUGUCAUCAUUAGGUAUCCCAACGCGAUGGACACCGUUACCUGGACCUGGGAGGGACCUGGCGCGUUGAAGCUUCUGUGGUUGACGCUCACUCAAGUGCACAGCUCGUGCGAGAUAGAAUUUCUGCCCGUUUACUACCCUAAUGAGAUGGAGAAGAGAGACCCUAAACUGUACGCGAGGAACGUGAGAGAUGUCAUGGCUAAAGCACUCGGCGUCCCAGUAUUGGACUACACAUACGACGACUGCCGCCUCAUUGCGCGAGCCAAGCACCUCGGGAUUCCCGGUGCACCCGCUGCCAGGGAAGUCAGCGAGCUCCGCGCACAAUUGGGGUUGUCGCAGUCGCAGCCCGAGCUGCAGGCGCGGUGCGGCGGGCUGGCGGGCGAGUGGGUGGCGCGCGAGCAGUUCGUGCAGCGGCUCGCCGCGCCCGCCGCUGCGCACGCGCACGCUCACCGCCUCUUCGACAUAUUCCAGCAGCGAGGCAGCGGGCUGGUGCGCUGGUCGGACUACUUGCUGUGUGCUGCGUUCCUCUCGCUGCAACACGCGCCCCUACACCACCUCGUCUGCAUAGCUUUCAAGCUGUACGACAGCAGCGGUAUAGGGCGAGUGAGCCAGGCUAACUUCGAGGAGCUGGCGACCAAGUGCCUGGGCAUGUGUCAGGAGGACGCGCACCACGUGUUCCGGCAGGCCGACUUCGACGAGAAGGGAUACAUUACAUAUGACGAGUUUAUAUCAUACGCACAGAAGAGACCGGAGUUGUCUUUCAUAUUCGCCAGUGACACGGCGCAGCAAAAACCCAAGAGUCAGUGAGGGUUGCCCACGUGCAGCCCACGUGCGGCCCACGUACACCCCACGUGCGACCCACGUGCCGACCACGUGCUAUUAGAAUUCCCACGUUAGUAUAAUCAAGAUCAGUAUUCGACAACUAGUGCUGUGCUUGAUAAUGUGAAAGACAAUUUGAGUACUCAAUGAAUUUAUGUAACAAAUGUUAGUUUACAUCGACACGGUUAGUCACGUCAAAUAGUGAACGUAGUCAUGGCAAAUAGUGACGGCCAAGUUUUGUUUCUUUGAAGUGAUUUUUUUUAAUGGACGAUAAUGGAAUGGUAACCCCACCCGCGCUAUCGGUAUACACCGGCGGGGCAUCAGUGAAGGAUGAUAGGUGAGUAUGAAGCAGGUUAGUUAGCCCAUCGUGACGAAUACAACAAGAAUUGUUCACGAUGGUUUCCAGGGGAACCACGCGGAGGUUGACCUGAUAAGGCAUAUUGCUAGCAAUGGGGCUGUCAAACCCCAUUGCUAACAAUCCCUUUCCCCCCAACGUCAUUGAAGUGUUAAAAUGAUCAAAAUACAAUUAUUAAUAAGUAAUUAUUAUUCUAGUAAAAAAAAAAAAUUAGUUUAGUAUAAGUUAAUUCUUGUAGCAGCAUACUGGGAUAUCCUAGCUUGAUAGCCAGGAUAUUAGUGAUAUUUUUUCAUUAUUUUUAGCCACCAUUUUGUUAUGUGAACCAAUUUAUGUAUAUAUUCUUAUGGCAACUUCGUAUUUUAUUAUAAUAGUGUCAAUGUGACUUGAAAUAUGAAAAUAUGUGUAAUAAUAUUGAUUCGAGAUUUGUAUAUUUGAUGGGUGAAAAUGGUAUGGUAACCCCGCCUGCGCUAACGGGAUACGCUGGCGGAGCACCAGUGAAGGGUGAUAGAUGAGAAUGAAAACAGGACAGUUAGCCCAAAUUCAUCAAAAAUUAACCAUGAUAGUUUCCAGGGGGAACCGCGAGGAGGUCGACCUGGUUGGGUAUAUUGCUAGCAAUGGGAUUCUCAGUCUCCAUUACUAACAAUCCGUUUCCCCCCAGAUUUGUAUAGUAAUGUAUCAGAUAGUGUUACGAGUCUAUUGUAAAAAAAAGCGUUAGUGAUCCUUCUUUGUUACUCAAAUAAUUGUGUGGAUUUACAAUGAAAUGGGACUUAAUUGAAAGAUCUCCUAACAGGAUAUUAAUUUUGUUUAAUUUUCUCUGAGAUAUUUAGGAAUCGUAUUUAGCAAGGAAAUGUUUUUUUUAUGAAUUUAUUUCAAUUAUGAUUGGUGACGAUUGUAUUGCGAGGAUUUGAAUCUCAGCUAUUCUAGUUUCUUUAUGACCAGAGGGCCUACCAUGAAGUAUUUUCCGAAAUUUCGGGGACGAACGAAACAGAAAUUUGAUGUUAAAUUUACAUAAUAUAUGCUGUUUAAAAUUAUUAAAAAUGUUAAAAUAUCGUUCCUUUGGACUAUUAGGAUAGGAUUUAUGAUGAACGAAAUGUUAAGCUCCAUUUACUGGGUCGAUUUUGAUACGAACAAAAACACGAAAUUGAGCCCGAAAUUUCGGAAUUUCAUUUCAUGGUAGACCACCUGAUUCUAAUAAUAUGUAUGUAUGUGUUGUAAUGUAUUAUGUAUUUGUUGGUAAGCGUGUUGAGUCUCCCAUCCGAGAAAUAGGUAUUGGCGACCCGCACGCAUGCUAAAGGUAAAGGAGUUAAGGGGCCGCGUGAAAAUCAGCGCUGUGUAUAGGUACAUCUCACUGGAGCUGUACAUAUAUAGCAACAGCUGAGGCGGCUCCUAUUACCAGCAACAUUAAUUUUUUUUUCUUUUUGUUGUUUUAAUAUUUAUUUUCUUAAUAAUGGUAAUAAAGGUCAUCUAUCUAUCUAUCUAUCUAUAUGUCAUGUCCAGUGAAAGGAUUUUGUGAGAAUGACGGAAGAGGAUUUGUCAGCAAUUUAAAUUUUAAAUAACAAAUAAGCACUAUCUAGACAGUUAAUAAAUUACCUAAGAAAUUCUAUACAGCCUCGCCAGGCAAUCUAUUAAUACAGAACAAGACGCUGGACGUCACUGUCUCAUUUUAUUGUGUAUGCGGUAGCGAUAACGUUUAUAUCGAUAUGUUUCUUUGCCGCUUCUUUUAGUGGAGGCUGACUAAAUUUGCCGUAAAUUUGGGAAAUAUUAAAGCCAUACACUAUUGCGAUUGCAAAGCCUAUCUAAGGAUUAUCUUAAGUCACGAGUUUCGCCAAACAUAUGUCUUUACGCUAAGUCCCCUACGGAGUAAGUAGAGAGAACCGUGUAAAUCUCAAAAGGUUGGUUAAACUCCGAUGCGAAGAGAUGUUAGGAAUCUUUAUGUGUAUCUGUCUGUAAAACCGUAGCUCAUAAAAGGAUAAACUCAUUUUAAUAUUCUAUUUUUCUAUAAAUAUGAUGUGUAAAAUAGAUUACUUUCAGUAGCUAGAAUCGAAGGCAUUUAGUUUAAUAUUAUAGCAAAUACAACGAGUUUAGACUCAGAUGGUGUGUAUAGGUGUAGAUAUACCAUAUUUGAUAGAUUUCGAAUGAAAAGUAGAUCGUCAGAGGGUAAGUGAAAUAAAAUUUUAAAAUUUUGUACUUAUGGUGUUUCUACUAUUGAUAUCGACAUUGAAAUUUGUAUGUAGGAUUAUUUAUUUUAGCGCUUAAUAAGCCAUUUGGAAUGUGAUAAUUUUAAGCUCUGUUAUUAGAAUAAGGCAACACUGCACUGUUUGUAUUGAAAUUUGUGGAAAUUUGAAUAUUUUAUAAUUUACAAUAGCAUACCACGGUAUAGUAUGAUUUUAUCGUCACGAUAUAAUUAUCGUCGAUGUCCCUAGUACAGUUUUGUGCACGUUGCUUUACGUAAAUUAGUUCUCAAGUGUAAUUUCCGGUCAGGGCAAUUUAGAAAACAAACUUUUUUGAAUUAGCUCGGACCUGGGUGUUCUGGGUACCCCCAGAUAUUUGUUGGUUCCUCAUAACACAGGGUAUCCUAGUUUGAAAACCAUACAGUUUGUAUGAUUGUGUGGUAUUUAUUAUAAAAAGAGACCAAAAUAUACGAAAUUGUAUAAGAGCUUUUAAUUUUUCGUUAUAAUAUCAUAAACGUACACAAAAAAUUAAGUAUCUCCAUGAAUUUUAAUUUUACUUAUCUAUUGUAUUAUAUCGUGUCGCUAAAAUCAUGCCAUACCAUACUGUGCUAUGGCAAAUUUAAAAAAAGCAAUUAAUUUAAUUAAUUGAGAUUACUAUUCGUAAUAUAAUAUGUAAAUAAUUAGUGUCCUAAUUUAUUAAGUCAAUUGAGGCAAUUAUGAAUAUUUGUAUUGUUAUAUUUUAAAUGUAAUAUUUCCUGUUUUAGUUAUAAGUCUUCCUAUAGGAUUUUGUUAUUUGUUUCAUAAAUUAAAAUAUUUUUAUAUUUUUAAAUCUAACAUAUAUAUA